UUCUACCUCCAGCAAAAGAAGUCAGGAGAGAGAAACCCAGCUGGGGCGAUACUCUGGAGAAGAGAUGCAGAGGAGACAUGACAGAAACGCAAGUGAUAACAGAGAUGAGUUCACUGAGCAAGAAAAAUGGAGCAGAAUUAACCACUUGAAGAGAAGUGUUGGAAGGCAUGAGGUGCGGUCCUGGACAACAGCUGCCAAGCAAUCCUUGUGUCUCAUGUGGCAAAAAGUGAAAGGACAGCUGAUGCUAAGCAUGUCUUUCCUUGUUGCUGUUUUUUGGUAUUGCAGAAGGCUGUACAGCUUUUUAGCACAGCUACUGAAACGGUGGAGCAACUACCUUCGGAGAAAACUCAUAAGGAACCUCAGUGUGCUGACAGAAGUUGAUCUACUUGGUUAUAGUGCGAGAGAAUGGAAAGGAGAAACAAAGCAAGCCAAACACAUGAGGGAGGCAUAUGAAGAAUUGUUUUGGAGCUAUCAUGUCAAAUAUCUGCGACAAGUCAGGAGGGACAACUACUGUGUAUUAAGAGCGGUGCUUUUUCAGAUAUUCAGCCAAGGCAUUCCUUUUCCAUCAUGGAUGAAGGAGAGAGAUAUAUUAAAGUUCCCUGAAAAGCUUUUGUAUUCUCAAGGUUGCAACUGGAUUCAGCAAUACAGUUUUGGGCCAGAAAGAUACACAGGUCCCAAUGUCUUUGGUAAAUUGCGCAAAUGUAUGGAGGCAUUAAAGACCAAUUGGAUUGAAAUAAGUGCUACUAAAGAUCACGAAGAAAGAGGAAACAUGUGUAAUACACUCUUUUCUGAUGAGAGCAAGGAGCACAAACUGUAUGAGGCCAUAAAAUUCAUCAUGCUCUACGAAGCUGUUGAAGCCUAUGAGCAAAUAAAGAACAGGGAAGAACCUGUACACAACCUUUUUAGCCUUCUCCUUGCUCGUGAUUCUUCGUCUGACCCCUUGAGUUUCAUGAUGAAUCAUCUGAACUCGAUAGGUGACUCUAUUUGCCUAGAUCAGGUUGAACUGUUUCUUCUUGGAUAUGUACUUGAAGUAAAGAUCAGAGUUUACAGACUGCAUAGGUUUAAUACUGAGGAAUUUAAAGUAAACUAUCCAGAUGAAUACCGAAGGGAAUGGAAUGAGAUUUCUCUCCUGACCGAGGAUGACCGCUACUAUCACAUCCCCAUUUUCAGAACGUGAAGGACCAAUGACUUUUUUUUCCUUUGUAUAAUACAGUGAGUGAUCAGUUCCAGUGAAUUAGGUUUCUAAUUGACAGCAGUAAGAUUUUGAGAAUGCUUGUUAAUGAUUACAAAAUGAUUUAUGGAUUUAUUGUGUAAAUGUUUUGCUUUCCCAUUAUAGCUCAAUUCACCACCAGCCAGCCGUAAAAAACAUAAAAUGUUUUCUUAUACUGUCUGGGAGAAAAAUUUCAUAUUUGAGGGUUGUCAGACAAAAAAGAUUGGACUGCAUAACAAAGAAGGCCAAGGUAAUUGUUUUUUCCAUUGCUAGCCUGAGGUUUUACUCUUGACAUCUCUGGAUAGGUUAAACUCAAGUUCCUGGAGCAAUUACUGCCUCUCUGUGCUCUGUCUCUAGCUAGGGAAGAUGAAUCACAAAGGAAGCAACUCUCAUGGUCCCACACUUCACACUCCAGGUUAUUAACCUUACAUCGACUUGGGGUUACCUGGGAUGGGAGGAUGUAAACUGGGGCCUCUGCAUAGCUGCUUCAAAUCACAUGUGGCUUCCCCCAUUGCUGGAACACCUCCCGCCAGGGAUGGGCAGAGCAAACAGCUGCAGGCAUAGACGUGUGAAAUCAAGCUGUCUGCACUCAGUGCUGGUAUCUCAAGGUGAAGAAGUGUUGCUUAGGGGGAAAAAGCCCAAAACCAACACAGACGCACACAAAAGAAUACUGUACCAGAUGAAUGGAAGGUAUACUUUAUAACUGAGGAAAGUACACAAGCUUUCCCAAACUAAAAAGGGCAGUAUCAAUUAAUAAGUAACAUGGAAUAGAGUUGAACACAGUAGCUGUCAAUGUUUUCUGUCAACUUGUAAAUCCCUUAAGGACUGAUUCAACAUGACCUGCCAAAGAGGUAUCAAGAUUUGCUUUGCAGUUCAUCUGAGAAAGCUGUGCACAGAAUGCAUUCACAAACACUGCAUUUUCAGGAAAUACUAAUUUUACAUGUGUUAUGUGCAUUUAGCAGUCCAUGUACAUGUUCUAUCCUCUGAAUACACAUUAAAAUAUUUACAUAAGAUUGCUAUCUUUAGUGAAGACCUCAAUGCUUGAAGAACUCUGUCUGGAACAACUAUAUGCAAUUUACUUCAUUACAUGGAACAUUUUGCCCAGAUUGGUUUUCUAGAAGAAUCGUGUUUUUAUUCUUUCUAAAAUUAAAAGCCUUAAUUUGAGCAAAUAUAGCAGAUCUUGCAAAACAGAAAUCUUACAAUCCCAUAAGCAUGUAGUUGCAUUGAAAAAACUGGGGUUUUAUUGAGAAGCAAAGCCUUGAUUUUCCUUAUGUUAGAGCUAUGGGGACAGGCAGGUUUGUUUUUAACUCCUGCAGGAGAUAGUACAAGGUGGUAACAAAAAUGUGAAGGCCUGCAGGAGCUAAAGUAGUUACAUGAGGGAACUAAAUGGUAAUGCUUGGAGUGCAAGGAGACUGCUUGGUUCCUUUGUGUAAAGAAAAGCAAUUUUAUCCCUUACAGGCCUUUUAUUUGUAUGUAUAUGUAUAUAUAUUUAUAAACACGAACACCUGAGUUCUGUAUUAUAACAGUUUUGUUUCUUGAAAGUUUUUCUGAGUUCAGUUUUGUUCAGUAAUUUGUAGCUUUUAACUAAGAAGGCUUGAUACCUAUAAUAGUUUCAUCUCAUCAGAACUUGCAUAUCAAAUACCUUAUUUAUUAAAAGAAACUUUUUUCACUGAAUGAAAUAAUUUGCCUACUUUAGAUUUGGUUCUGCUUUGCAUGGGGAAAUAUUAUAAUGCCUGAGAGUAGGGUAUUGCUAUCUAUUUUGCAUCAGUAGUAACAUUUACAGUGAUCAAUAAACUUGUCUAUAUUUUAUUCUUGUUUUGGUACAAGCAGACAUACAAAAAAAUGAUGUAUUUUUCUAGUGGGAUUUUUAAUGGUUUAGCUAUUAUUUAUGAAUAGGAAUACAAGAGCAUUACAGCUGAAACUGUUAAAUUGUCAAAAUGUAUGUUUUCGUAAUCUUGAGCAUAUUAAUAGAAGGGGGUUAAUAAAGGUCUAACACAUGAUGGUGGAA